AUGAACACAAUAUUGCAAAAAGCAAAUCUGUGGAUAAAAUUUCCAUCUUCCAUUGAGGAAAUACGUGAAGCCCAACGUCUGGGGCAGCAAGUUUAUUCGUUUCCAUCUGCAAUUGGUGAUAUGGAUUGCACACAUGUUCGAAUUCCAAAGCCUUCUGAAUUUGGAGAUGAAUAUAUAAAUCGAAAAGGUUUUGCUAGCAUCGAUGUACAAGCAACUUGCGAUGCACAGGAUAAAUUUACAAGUGUAGAUGUACAAUGGCCUGGUUCUACCCAUGAAAGUAGAAUCUGGAAAAGGUCUAACAUUUGUGCCGUUCUACGUUGCAAUACACAAAGAGCGUUGCUCCUGGCAGACGAAGGGUAUGGGAUAGAGCCCUGUUUAAUGACUCCAUAUCAAAACCCAAAUACACCAGAAGAAACACGAUACAAUAAUUUGUUGAAGAAGGAAAGGGUGUGUAUUGAACGUUGCUUUGGGCAGUUGAAGCAAAGAUUUUCCAUAUUGCAAUAUAAAGCUCGAUUGAAGCUUGAAAAUAUCCCUAAACUAAUUGUGUGCUGCGUUGUUCUACACAACAUUGCAAAAACACUAUGCGAUCCAGACUUUGACUUAGAAGAACUGCAGCCUAACGACGUAAAUAAUUAUAUUGAAGGAAAUGAGAACGACGACAUUAGGAGAAGUGGAAUGCGAAGACGGGAGAAAGUUCUCUUAUCCAUCUUAUUUUUCAACAAAAUUUGUAAGGUAAGUUGA